AUGGUAAUCAAUCUCAGAAGCAGAACACGAAGUCUCUCUUUCUCAAUCGGCUUCGUCCUAACAGAGGAAGAUGGACCCAAAGCAGAAUUCAAAGUAGAUAAAAACCAAACCCAUGCCCAUACCAUGCUAGCAGAGCUUCAGACUUUGCUCUGGGCACCCCUCAAUCUCAAUUCUGCACCAAGCAUCGCUCCCCAGGGCUCCAUGGGUUUUCUUGCUGCUUUCUCUCUUUGCGUCCUACUCAUAACUGUUGAAGCUCAUGGCGCAUUGGCAUCGCGGAGAGCUUUCUCUGCUCCAACUGAGCCUCUAGCAGAUGGCAUAUGUGCAUCUUCGGUCACUGUGCAUGGCUACAAAUGCCAUGAACUUAAAGUUACAACCAAGGAUGGGUACAUUCUUAGUUUGCAGAGGAUCCCAGAAGGCAGAGAAGAGGCAAGAGAACACAAUGCGACGAAGAAGCAGCCUGUCAUUAUACAACAUGGAGUGCUCGUGGAUGGAAUGACAUGGCUUCUGAAUCCACCGGAACAAAGCUUGCCCUUCAUUCUGGCUGAUAAUGGCUUCGACGUAUGGAUUGUUAACACCAGAGGAACCAGAUACAGCCGCCAACAUAUCUCUCUGGACCCUUCCAGCCCGGACUUCUGGAAUUGGUCUUGGGACGAGCUGGUCAGCUAUGAUCUACCAGCCGUUUUUGAUUACGUGUUCAGCCAAACAGAGCAGAAGAUUAAUUACAUCGGCCAUUCUCAGGGAACUUUGAUAGCUUUGGCAUCUUUCACAGAAGGGAACUUAGUGAACCAGCUGAGAUCAGCAGCCUUGUUGAGCCCCAUUGCUUAUCUGAGCCAUAUGAGUACCGCACUUGGAGUUUUGGCUGCGAAAUCUUUCGUUGGUGAGAUCACUACCUUGUUCGGUCUGGCAGAGUUUAAUCCCCGUGGGUUGCCUGUUGCUGCUUUUGUGAAUGCUCUCUGCGCUCACCCAGGAGUAGACUGCUACGACUUGUUAACUGCACUGACUGGUAAAAAUUGCUGUCUCAACUCUUCCACCGUUGAUCUGUUCUUGAGUAAUGAACCCCAGCCGACAUCAACAAAGAACAUGGUCCACUUGGCUCAGACUGUUAGGCAUGGGGUUCUGGCGAAAUUCAACUACGAGAGACCAGACUACAAUAUAAUGCAUUAUGGAGAAGCAUUCCCUCCGCUUUAUAACCUUUCCAACAUUCCCCAUAACCUCCCUCUCUUUGUUAGCUAUGGAGGACGAGAUGCUCUAUCUGAUGUUCUUGAUGUUGACAGCUUACUUGAUGCCCUCAAGUUCCAUGAUGUUGAUAAGCUUAGUGUUCAGUUCAUUAAGGACUAUGCUCAUGCCGACUACGUCAUGGCAUUUAAUGCCAGGGACUUAGUGUACAAUGAGGUUCUUGCAUUCUUUAAGCGCCAGUUUGAUACUUAAUGCAGCAAAACUCGGCUUAAAAGUUCAUACUACUACUACUACAUCUUACAAAAAUGCGAUGUAUUGGGUUAUCUAUAUGAUCAAAUCUAA